AAAUAAAAACAAUUGGUGCUUUGGUCAAUUGUCUAUUACUAAAUACCAAUAAUUAAUUAAUUACCCUAAUUUAAUAACCCUAUUAUUAAGCAAUCCAUCAAAAUCAAAGCCUUAAACUGAAAUUGAAACCCUUUUUAUUUUCAAUCUCAUGCUGCAUACAUUGAGAACCAAAAGCUCCACAAUACUGACCACUUAAAUUUAUAGUUUGAUGUACACAUUUUUUUUCUUUUUCUUGCAAAGAUAUAUGAAAAUAUUUUGUAAUCAAUGAAAUAGUGAUGAUGCAAUGAGUAGAAACCAGACCAAACUGUUAGGUUUAGGUUUGAAUUUUUCUGAAACUGAGUUAAAUGGUUUGGUUUAAAAAUCUGUACCGGCAGAAUUGGAUCACUUACAACACUACAUUGUACUUUUUGUUCCAUUUUUGUGGAUUAUUGAUUUACAUGAAAUGCAUUACUGGACUUUAAAGAAAGUCAUAGUAGUGACUUAGUGGUUGUCAUUUUGGAAAUCUGAAUGCCAUCUUUAUUGCAUUAUAAUUAUUAGCUUGCAUUUGGUGGAUCCAGAAGUUGUCCUGUCUACUUGAUUUGUGAGCAUGUUUUCAACUCUUCCUCAUCAAGUUUGUAGGUUGCACUUUUAUCUGAUAGUUAAUAUUUACACCAUCUUUGUUACCUGUGUACGUCUAGAUUGUUGCAUAUGUACCUCUAAAUUGUUUUUUGGUCACAUUCUAGCUGGUCAUGGUUCUUUUCUUUGCGGUUACAUUUUUACAAGUGUAUACCUCCAUUUAAUAUGCAGAUCUCCUCAUUGGGAGCUCUGGAAUUGCUCCCUUUUUAAAGCAGUGGAUGUUGUCGUCGUUUGUCUUUUUACUAUGCCUUUAAACAAGCCAUGCCUUUGCUUUUGCAUUAUUAUGCAGGGAAUGAAAUUGUUGCCAACUGGCAGGAAAAACUCUUUUUACCUCGUGAUAUAUGGUUCAGUGGAUCUUUUCUAGUAAAUCAAUGCUUAGAGUUCGUCAACUCUAUUCUUGUCAAUUUUGGGAUUAGUCGAGAGAUGCACAACCCUGUAGCUAUAUUUUUGCUGGUUGGAAUUAUCCUUGCUGGAGCUGGUUUUGGAUAUUGGCUUGUACGGAAAUUUGUUGUUUCAGAAGAUGGAACUGUUGAUAUCGGCAUAGCUCAAUCUGUUAAAUGGGGUAUGCGGAUGAUUGGUGUGACCUUUAUUCUCCAGGUUGGUUUUCAGUGCACUUUUAUGACCUGGAUAAUGUUUAUACGAUGAUGGACUUUUGCAUAUUUACCGCAAUAUGGAUAAAGAAGCUUUUCUGGAUUUCUGGAUAUACACACAAAUCUAUCUGUAUUUUGAUUCCUUAGUCUUUAAAGAUAUGCUCAUCACAUUUUCUGUUUAUUAACCUAUAAAUAAUUCUUUCGGAUAAAAUACUUAAUUAUAUCACUUGAUGAAAUAGUGACCUAUGUCUUAAAAAAGAUUCAUCUGGUUGCUCAUGCCAAGUCAGUUUGAUUUUGUAAAAAUUAUUAAUGGGAUUAAAUGUCAUUUUUCAUUUACUUCCGGUGAACUUUUAG